AUGUCGAAUUAUUUCGUCAUUGGUUUGCUAAUCAUAACUAUUAUCACUUUAAGUGAAGAGGUGCCCUCUGGUAAUCACAUUGGCCAUUUGAUACGAAAGGGCGAUAAUCACCUCGCAGUCGACAAGCGCAAAGGCUGCGGAGAAUCUCUAAGCCACCGCAGCAAAGAUGGCAAGAGACCCGAAGGCAACAAGAGAGAACAUCACGGACGACAGGAACAUUCGUCCGUUCCUGACAGCAAAGACUGCGGAGACUACGAAGGCCAAUCCAGUGAAUAUUUAAGUGUUCGCCAUCAUAUUUCAAAUUUACUGUUCACCAAGUGUCAUCUUGAACGGAUAAAUCUCUUCAAAAUAGUCAGAGUUUACUCAGAUCUUGCAAUAGAGAGUUCAUUCGAUAUUUCGAUGAUAGAGAUGCUGCCAGCUACAGAAGACCCGAAUUCUUUCACCGACGCACCUCUGACGGAACCGAAAAACGAAUUAGAAAUGCAAAUUUCAAUCGAGCCAGAGGAUCCAAGGUCUUUUAUUAUCUCGCAGAUCGAAAAACUUGAGAAAUCGGCGACGGAAUUCACGCAUGCAGAUCACGGAGAACAAGCGCUUCAAGUUAUCUGUCAACAUCAACUUCAGCAGCUCAAGUUCAUCCUGGAUGAAGUUUCUGCGGAAAAAAGCUCGAGGAUCAAGCCGACCGUUAACUAUCUCGCGAAAUCGACGAUCCCGUUCUUGAACAAAUUGGAAACUGGCAUCAGCUUCACGAAACUCAUUGACGAAGUUGGAAAAUUCGAGAUCUACGACCAGGACGGCCAAGGCGAUGUCGGACACGUAAAAUCCAGAUACGAGGAUUCAUCAGCGCCGAUUUCUCCGAUUCAGGACGAAGUUCCUGGCCUCGAGGUCACCGAUUUUUUCAGCAGUGAAAAGACAAACCAGACAAAUCUUUCCGAGGAACUGGACGCAAUUCUGUCCGAUCUACAGAACCAGGUCAACCGGAUGCGGAAGUACUUCGAGAGAGUUUGUAAGUCAGUGACUCUUGACCAAGAAGAAUAA